UUAUUUUUUUUUUUUCUUAGCAAGUGCAAGUAAUCAGUAAUGAAUAAAUAUUUAAGGUUUUAUAAAUUAAAUAUAUUACAAAGAAAUUUAGUAAUAUGUCAAACAAUUGGGAUGUAAUUCUGUGUAAAGGAUUGAGUGAUAAAAAUGAAAGCCAAGAAGAGUAUGUCAAUUUUUUAAAUGCAGCUGGGUACAAUUGUCAAGUAUUGAAGACACUGACUUUUAAAUUUAUAAAUCUGGACAUUCUUAAAGAAUGUUUACUUCAUCCAGAAUCUUACUCCGGUUUUAUAUUUACUAGCCCGAGAUCAAUUGAAGCAGUCAGUUCUGUAACAGACAAUUUAGAUGCAUGGAAAAAACUGCCAGCUUUUUGCGUAGGACCUUCUACAGAAGCCUGCGCUAAAGAGUGUCUUAAAUUAAAUUCAUGUGAAGGAUCUCACAGCGGGAAUGCUUGCGAGCUCGCGGAGUAUAUUGUAAAUAAAUUUAAAAAAAAUAACAAACCUUUGCUGUAUCCUUGCAGCGAAAUAUCAAGAGAUACAAUUUUAAAAGUUUUAAUUGCCAAUGACAUUGAAUUCGAGAAAUUGAAUGUGUACAAAACUUUACCAGCAGAUUCGUUAGGAAAAGAUUUAUCAAAAAUUAUUUCAAAUAGUCCUCAAAUUUUUGUAUUUUUUAGCCCGUCUGUGGUAGAAUUUUUGGUAAAUGCUGCGAAAGAACAAUCUUUGUCACUAGAUAAAAUAAAAUCUGUAGCGAUCGGACCUGUAACAGCAGAAGCGCUAGUCAAAGCUGAACUAUCCGUCGCUGGUACUGCUGCUAAACCAAAUCCUCAGUCUCUACUGGAAGCUAUAAAAAAUAUAUCCUGAUGAUAAUUUUAAUAACACUGAA